AUGGCCGACAAGUUUUUAACGGCCCAUGCUGGGGCCAAAAAGGCAGAGGCAAGAGUGAACGAUAUAUUUUCCAUCAAACAAUCGCUCGGAGAAGGAUUAAAGGACUUCCUCGCUCGUUUCAAUCGAGUACGGAUGACCUUGCCAAAUGUAUCAGAGGGCAUGGCUGUAGCAGCUUUCCAAAACGAGUUGGACAGGAACGGUUCGAGGGUGACCAGAAAAUUGUUAAGUCGGCUUAUGAAGUUUCCUCCAACUACUAGGGAUGAAAUACACAACGCCUACUGUGCCGAGGUCCGUGCUGACGAAGAUGACCUGAAUGGGCCAACCCAUCGGUUGACCUCGGUACAGCCCGAGCCCAGGAAGGAUCGAAGAAACGAUGCCAUGAGGGAUCUAGCAGAUCCACGACCCAAUCGAGAAAGGCAUCAGCCGUAUGUCAGAAGCGCCAUGAUGCCCCCCUCCCGCCACGAAGAUGGCCCAUCUAGGCCUAAAACAGGGACUCGACGGAACGAGAGAGGUAUGCCCCCUUCAUUAUCCACUCACAAUUUUUGUUUAUCGCCUUUAGAAAUAGUCUACGCAUUGGAGAAGCUCAGACCUAAGGUGAAGUGGCCGCAAAAGAAGAGGUUGGACCCAAGCACCAGAAUGUCAAACGCCCUCUGCGAGUUCCACCAAGAGCGAGGUCACAAAACUGAGGACUGCAUUGCUUUAAGGCAGGAAGUCGUAAACAUGCUUCACCAAGGGCACUUGAAAGAAUUGCUGAGCGACCGAGGCAGGACCAACUUCGUCCGAGGACGUGAACAACACCAGGGAUCGCCAAAACGGCCUUCCCCAACUCGCACUAUUCAAAUGAUCAUCGGAGGAGGCGAUGACGCAUCAAUCAACAGCGUAAAAUUCACCACAACCCAUAAACUCAAGUGGUUGAUCACUCAUGAACGAUAUGACAAACUUGAAGAAAGUAUCAUCUUCGAUAAGUCGGAUACUCACGGUUUGGUUUUCCCUCACUAUGACGCCCUUGUUAUCACUUUACGAUUAUUAGAUACAGAUGUAAGACACAUUAUGGUGGACGACGGGAGCGGUGCGUGCAUUAUCCAUCCUCGAGUAUUUGCACAGAUGAAACUCGAGGAUAAGAUAGUUCCACGCUGUAUCACGCUAACAGGUUUUAACAAUGCAGUUGAACGAACAUCUGGAGAAAUCACACUCCCCGUCCUAGCCGGCGGCGUCACCUUGGAAACCACAUUCCAUGUCAUGAAUCAAGAUACGGCGUACAACGCCAUAAUAGGACGACCUUGGAUACACGCCAUGAGGGCCAUUCCCUCCAGCUUAUACCAAGUUAUCAAAUUUCUAACCCCGUGGGGAAUAUUCACCAUACGGGGAGAACAACACACAUCUCGAGAGUGCUACCGCAUCGCCCAAGAUUGUACAACUACCCAACAAAUGAAAGGCAAAGCAAAAGAGGCAUAG